AUGCCUCCUGGGCGACAGGAACGGCAGCGUCGUCGCAAAAUUACACUUGCAUGCGAACCAUGCCGAGAGCGCAAGGCGCGUUGCGAUGGUGGCAAGCCCAUCUGUUCAACCUGUCAGCGCCGGUCUCUGAACCUCGAGCAUUGCGUCUACACGGUGAAUAAUGCCAGAACGGCAUGUAGCGAUGACUACACAAAGACGCUUCAUGAGCGCAUUCACAAACUAGAACAGGCUUGCGCGUCGCGCGGCAUCGAUAUCAACACCCUCGAAGCUAUCGGGCAAGACAUCCAAGGGCCCGCGGACAAUGAUUCAUCCGCCGCAGCAUCGCGGGACUUCAACGUACUAGACGCCGCCUCCGCCAUGGAAACAUCCGACGACCAAGCAGCAGCAGCCGCCCAGCUCCCGUCGCCGUACUCGUCCGUCGGCGUCGACAGCUUGAGUGAGGCAAGGAGAGUGACGGCCAUGGGCACCAUCCUCGCCGAGGACGACCUCGAAGACUCGCCCAACAACUCUGCGGAGCCUGACUUCUACGGCAGGUCCUCGGCCGUUGCGUUCUUGAAGGAAGCCUACAGCGCGAUGAACUCGAACUCGGUCCCUGCACGAGCUCAGCCGUCGGGGGGCACACCGUUUCGGGUUAGUCAGCAGGCACUGCCGUCCGUCUCGACGCCGUCUUCUCUGUACGCGGACUUUGACAAGUUCCUUUUGCCCCCUCGCCCGUUCGCCGAUCACCUUCUCCAGCUGUACUUUCAGAGAGUACACUACCUCUACCCCGUAUUCCACAAACCAGCCUUUGAAAGAGCCUACGAAUCCCUCUGGCAACCGACGACAACCACAGCAACAGCAGCAGCAGCCACGCAAGCAGACGACGACUUCCGCGGCGUAGGCCUAGGCUGCUCCCCCGGCGCAGACGCCACCACAAUCGUCUUCCACAGCGCCCUCAACUCCAUUUUUGCUCUGGCCUGUAACUUUGCCGACCUCACUUGCGCCGAAAAGGCAAAGAGCAUCGAGAUUUUCCUGCUGCGGAGUCGCAAGUGCCUCAGCGUCGAUCUGCUCGAGAAGAAUAACCUCGGCGUCGUGCAGACGCUGUUGUUGUCCGGGUUGGUCUUUCAGGGGACGCCGUUUCCUGAUCGGUGUUGGAAUGCUGUUGGAAUUGCGUGUCGGAUUGCGCAGGGGCUUGGGCUUCAUAUGGAUGUUGUGGCGGCACGGGAGGAGGGGUUUACUUUGGAGAUGGAUGUUAGGCAGCGGACGUGGCAAGGUUGUGUUAUUCUCGAUACUCUCGUGAGCAUGACGUUUGGUCGACCAACCGUUACAUCGAAUCUUUCAGCAAACGAACUACGUUCUCGGUCCCAUUCCGCCGCAGACCAGCGCAUCGAGCAACCAAAACUGGAAUUCAUCACCCAGAGCUUCAAGCUGAGUCUGAUACUCGAGAAUAUCCUCUCGCAAGUCUACCAGCCGUGGCGGAACCGGCAUCCCACUCAGAGAGCAAGUUGUGGCACGCGGGGAGGAGGAGGAGAAGGAGGAGGACUAAGCUUUGACGCCAUCGUCGAACUCGACUCCAAACUAACCGACUUUGAGGACUCGGUGCCGCCGCUUCUGUCGUGGGGAGCCGAACUCUUGUAUCUCCGUCUCAUGCUUCACAGACCGAUCCUCACUGAUCUCUCUGCGGGGUACGCCCGACCUCACCGGGACGCCGCCGGAAGAACGUCCGAAGCACCGCCUAAGCCGCAGGACAAGGGUCUCCGGGCGCCGUUCCUGACGGAGUGUGCCAGGGUGUGUGUGGGCGCGGCCAUGCGGCUCAUUGAUCUGGUGCAGGGUUCGUAUUGGACGGACACGACCGGGGCGUGGUGGUGGAAUAGCCUGUAUGCCUGCGCCGCCGGCCUAGUCCUAAUCGUCUCCCGCCUAUGUCCGCGCCUCUGGACGGGGCUAGACCACGCGGCAACGUCCGCCUCGUGGGAACAGUGUCAGGGUAUCCUGCAGGCCAUCGCGGUCUUUAGCGUCUCGGCUCGCAAGUCGCUGGAUCUGCUGCGCAAGAUUGACGGGGCCGUCACGCAGCUGCAAGCAGCGAGAGAACCAUUGGGAGAGCAGAUUGACCCCGAGAUGAGUUGCGCGGGGUUGGCGGAGAGCUGGUCGCUUCCGGCGGAUAUCGAUGUCUCGCUGCUUCUUGAGCCUGAUCCCAUGUCUUUCUUUCGCGGGUGGGAGGUGAUGGGAUACGAGACUUGA